GAGACCCAUCCUCUGCAAACCCUUCUUGGAGUCAAGGUUUCUCUGGGUACCUCAAGAGCUGAGCCAUGUCGGCAAGCACCCAUCCCAGAACCACCCUGCCUGAGGCUCAACAUUUCCCUGGAAACAGCACCCUGGAGAUGGCCCUGAAAACCAUUGUGGAUGUCUACCACCAUUACAGCACGAAGGAGAAGCAUCUCGACUUCCUCAACUUCGAUGAAUUCAGGGCACUGCUGACUGAGCAGGCACCGACCUUCCUGGAAGUUUGUGGCAGGAAUGAUCGCAACUACCUGAACAAGCUCUUUGGAGAGACAGACUUAAAUAAGGACAAAGAAGUGAGUUUCAAGGAGUUCACCAUCGUCUUGGCCAAGGUGGCCGAUGACGCCCAUCGCAUCAGCCACCACGAAGACCGCUGUACGCCAGACAAGGAUUGAGUCUCAGUGCACAACCCAUGAAAAACUCAGCGGAAUUGGGCUCUGGCUGCUUGGAUCAGUCACGCUUGUGGGACAAUAAAG